AACGGUGGCUCGGAGGACCUCGGCUUCGGAGCUCCACGCAAGCGGUGUCGGCGUUUCCACGGCGACUUUGGAUCUACGGCGCUUCAAAUACGCCUCUUCCCGCACGUCGUGGAAGUUGCACCGUUGGAGUCUCGUUUUCUUUGUAUAUUUCGUACAGUUGAGAACAUUGGAAUUUCCGGGGAGGGAACGUACACAAUGUCAGUUGCAUUCACGCUCAAUGCUGUGGCCCGGCAAGCUGGCCCCAGGGCAAGGUAUGCGAUGCGGCAGCCAUCGCGCAGCUUUUCUCGUACAGUCUCGAGACGGAAUGGUACCUUGCCAUUGUCUGGGAUACGAGUGCUUGAUAUGACCCGCGUCCUAGCAGGGCCAUACUGUACUCAGAUUCUGGGCGAUCUAGGUGCCGACGUGAUUAAAGUCGAACAUCCUGUCCGUGGUGAUGAUACAAGAGCUUGGGGUCCACCCUAUGCCACAUACCAAGACCCGUCCAGGGAGGGUCCAGGGGAGAGCGCAUACUAUCUAGCUGUAAAUCGCAAUAAGAAAUCGAUUGGCCUGUCGUUCCAGCACAAGUCGGGGGUCGAGAUCCUCCACAAGCUCGCAGAGGAGUGCGACGUCCUUGUGGAGAAUUACCUUCCUGGCGGCCUCAGAAAAUAUGGCAUGGACUACGAAACACUGCAAAAGAUCAACCCAAAAUUGAUCUACGCCAGUAUCACCGGGUACGGCCAAACAGGUCCUUAUAGCAACCGCGCGGGCUACGAUGUGAUGGUCGAGGCUGAGUUCGGCCUCAUGCACAUCACCGGAGCGCGAGACGGCGCGCCAGUGAAGGUCGGUGUGGCUGUCACGGACCUGACCACUGGUCUUUACACUUCGAAUGCUAUUAUGGCGGCUCUACUUGCCCGUGCGCGCACAGGGAAGGGCCAGCAUAUCGAUGCCUGUCUGAGCGAUUGUCAGGUGGCGACGCUGUCCAAUUUGGCCAGCUCCGCCCUGAUUAGCGGGAAGAAGGACUCGGGACGCUGGGGGACGGCACAUCCUUCUAUUGUACCAUACCGAAGCUACAAGACCCUCGACGGCGACAUUCUCUUCGGUGGCGGAAACGAUCGACUCUUCGGCGUUCUGUCCGAUCGCCUUGGAUUUCCCGAAUGGAAGACGGACCCUCGAUUCGUCACCAACCGCGACCGUGUCAAACACCGAGCUGAUCUCGAUGAGUGGCUCGAGAUCUUCGAGGGAAGCGGGAUGCCAUACGCUGCCGUCAAUGAUAUCCAAGGGACUUUGAAUCACGCGCAUGUUCAAGCGCGUGGGAUGGUUACCGAGGUCGAUCAUCCUGCUUGUGGCCCCAUCAAGCUAGUCAACACGCCGAUCAAAUACUCCGAGGCCACCCCGGGCGUGCGCUCGCCUCCUCCGACUCUAGGACAACAUACUGAUGAGAUCUUAUCUGGCAUCCUGAAUUAUGAAGCGGCGGAUAUAGAGCAGCUGAAGAAAGACGGAGUCGUGUCUUGA